AUGAUUUACCCGGUUUACAGAUACGAAGCCAUCCUCCUCGCACCUGGUGAGGAGAAGAUCGAUGUCGAGGUUGAUACCCGCCUUCCCUCUGCUGCCAUCUUUACCUUCCACAAAGAGGACCACACCCUCGGAAAUAUGCUGCGUGGCCGCCUGCUGAAGACCCAGCACGUCAUUUUCUCCGCAUACCGGGUAAGCAUCAUGCUCAUCUUUUCUACUACGUUGAAAUUUGAAUAUGGCCACCAAUACUCAUCCAUCACCCUGCAGGUCCCUCACCCCCUCACUCCCAAUUUCCAACUCCGUGUGCAGACUGAUGGUGAGAUCACUCCUCGCGAGGCUGUGAUCAACGCCAGCCAGGCUCUGAUUAAGGACCUGGGUAUCUUGUCGCGCGAGUUCACCAAGGAAUACGAGCUGCGAAAGAUGGCCAACGCUGCCAACGAACAGCAGAACGUGGAGUAA